GACAACAACACACGGUGUCGUCUUUUCCUGCAAGUAGUGGCGUGUAGUGGACUCCUGUGCACGUAGCUCACGAACUCUUUGGGCGCCUCAUCUAUGAGGUUCUGGUGUCUGGCCCUGGCUUUUCACAAAGAUUAAUGCAUUUGUAACGUGCAGCUCCUUUUAAAGGAGGGACGUGCUGCGAGCUUUCCCAGUGAGGAGGACGCCCGGAGCUCGUCAUUCCUCCCCAGCCAGCCGCACAAUGGCACCGUCCCUCAUCCGAGCUUGCCGCAGUCUGGCUCUCUCGACGUGGCUGCUGUCGUUUUGCUUCGUCCACUUGCUGUGCCUGGACUUCACGGUCGCAGAAAAGGAGGAAUGGUACACAGCUUUUGUCAACAUCACCUACCUGGACCCCGUCACUUCGGAGGUCAAGACAGAGAAAACCGAGUACGGUCGGUACGGAGAGCACUCGCCCAAGAAGGAAGCCAGAGGUCUGGUUCUGGUGCCGUCCCUCCCGCAGGACAGACAGGUGUGCGACCCCCACGUCAGGUUCCCUCCUGUCUCUCACAACAUCGCCUGGGUGGCGUUAGUGGCUGCGGGAAAUUGUACAUACAGAGAGAAAAUCCGUAACGUUGCAAAUCUCAACGCCUCUGCAGUUGUCAUAUACAAUGUGGGCUCAAGCAGCGCCAACGACACCAUAACAAUGCCCCAUCCAGGUACAGGUGAUGUUGUGGCCAUCAUGAUCCCAGAGCCUAAAGGUCGUGAGAUUGUGGCCUUGCUGGAGCAGAACAUCGUGGUCAUGUUGCACAUCACUAUUGGAACCCGCAACCUGCAGAAGUACGUGAGCAGAACAUCGGUAGUGUUUGUCUCCAUCUCCUUCAUCGUGCUCAUGAUCAUCUCCCUCGCUUGGCUCGUCUUCUACUACAUCCAGAGGUUCCGCUACGCAAAUGCACGAGACCGCAACCAGAGACGUCUUGGAGAUGCUGCCAAAAAAGCCAUCAGCAAGCUUCAAGUACGCACCAUUAAGAAAGGAGACAAGGAGACUGAGUCUGACUUUGACAACUGUGCAGUUUGUAUUGAAGGUUAUAAGCCUAAUGAUGUUGUGAGGAUAUUACCAUGCAGGCAUGUCUUCCAUAAACACUGUGUAGACCCAUGGCUACAAGACCACCGCACGUGUCCCAUGUGUAAAAUGAACAUCCUCAAAGCCUUAGGAGUCCCACUCAACGCUGACUGCUCAGAUGAGAUUCCUCCCGACUAUGAGAUGUCUGUCGGCGGUCCACCCACCAACCCCAUCAGUGGGGCAAGUGAAAUCACAAUCAACGAGAGCUCUGUAGUUCUGGACCCAGCAGGGACAGACGUGGGUCUGCAGCAACUCUAUCCUGAUUCAGAGAUGGUGCAUCAGGCCGGGGAGAGCCACAUCAUAGCCAGCAGUGAGCACCAGCCUCCGCUCAGCAGUGAUUCAGACACUUCUAUUAUCACGGGCGUGGAGAUAGGCAUGUCUGAAAUAGACCUGUCCACAGAGCAGGAAUGUGACGGGGCCAAAUCCUGAGCCAGUCAGAACUGAAGAAAAAGCUUGAAUCACCAGGAAAAGGAGGAUGAGAACAGGACAGAGUGAUCGGGGGACUCCCAGAAAUUCGCUACGUCUUCGUUCCCCUGGAGGAAAUGACCUCAUAGAAGAUGGGCAAAUGAGCAAUACAACCCAUAGCAGCACAAAACACCCUGUUCUGUCUGUACUACCUGAAAAACAGACUUGUCCCCGUGUCUGUGGACAUGUCGCUUGCUCGUUUUCUUGCAGUCACACUUCACCAUUUUGUUGGUGAACACAGCUCUCAUAUUGUGGUGGUCCGGUCCCUGUCCACGUAAUUUUUUUCACAUUCUUAAACUUAGCAUCUGAAAUACACAUACAGUAACUGAGAUGUUAGUCGCCUUCACUGUACUGAGAAGGCUAAAUAAUGUUUUCCUCACUCUGGCAACCUAAACCUGCCGCUGGACACAAUAUGAGCACGGGAGCAUCGGGGCCUCUUCAACACCUGAUUGCAGCUUUAAUUAUAUAAAAAAUAUGUGCAGAUUGUUUGAUUUCUUGGUAUGAGAUCACUGCCAACGUAUUCCAGAAGUAAGUUUUACUGAUGUGAUGGAUACACAGGAUGUAUAGAGCCUAUGUCAGCAAUUUCUUAGGAGUCCCUAACAGUUGGUGUGAAUACCCACCAGCAAUUUUUCAACUUCAGAUUUUGGUAACAUGUUAUUAUCCCCUGAAAACUUGAAGCAUAGGUCAUUAAGUUCAUGCAGCCCUCUGGCAUUAAGGAGUUGAAACAUGUAUGCACAUAUUAUGCUGUAAUUUCUAAAUGUUACUGUUACUAUUGUGCGGAGACCUUCAUUUUUGAAUACUAUCUUACCAACUGAAUAUUCCUGUUGUUGAGAGGAAAUAACCAAACACAAGGUAGAUACUUCUCUCCACACAUUUGACAAUCAUAGCUUGCCAAAAGCAGUUCGAAGUGAUGUCACCCACUGCCCUACUGAUACUGCUGCUGCUGAUUUCCAAGUUAUCACGACACAUGAUGUAGCCCCCCCCCCCCGUCUGUGAGGAAGGGAGUGUUAGUGUUCACACUGCUGGUAAAUACAGCUGGCUAUAGCUGCUGUCACUACCAAAUUCUGGCAGUGUGUACAUACUGUGGACAAAAUUCUGCCUCUUGUCAAGCCAGCCAAUAUAAACAUGUCAGCAAGUCUUUGUGCCAAGUUUAUCAGUAAUAUUUUAAACAUUGCUGUUGUUCACGCUGAUUCCCUUGGCUGUCAGUCAAGCUCGAAUGGCACUAAAUCUGUGCAUGACAUGAAACUGAAGAAAUAACAUGAGGACACAUGCUCUGCUUGGUAAGAAAGGGGGAAAUGUUUUCAUUUGAAAUGGUCAGAGUAUUAAUUUGAGGGACUUGGUGCUCCAAGCAUGGGUUUUUCUUUUUUUUAUUGCACGAAAAGCUCACAGCAUGGAAAAUUUUUACAAUUAUGGACAGUUAAAAAGUUUUCUUUGGACUACGUUUAUAACAAGAUGGCAGAUUUUGGAAAAUGACACACACAUACACACACUCAUUUAGUAAAGCUGUUGUUCUGCUUUUUUGUGUUGACCUACUCUAAAGUUCUGUCCCAAUUUCAUACUGUAGUUCUAAGCAGGUUUUAGUAUUUAGUGUGUUUACACUGGACCCUGUUUUCCCUCAUUGAUUGCACAAAAGAACUGAGAGGCCCACUCACAGCUGAAAACAGUUUAAAUGGUUUGUGAGUGGUGAUGAAACAACUUCAAAAAGGUCUUGGAAAACCAAAAAAUAAGUACUAAAUGGGUAGAAAGACGUUUUGUUUUUUCUUUGUGAAGUUUAAUUGGCAGUGGAAAUCUUUGUCACUGUAUGAUGACUAUCAGGAUAUGAAUUGCACCAGUUCUUUAUAGAACUAUCUACUUUAUCUACUUUAUAGAUUUAUAAAGUAUCUUAAUUUCUUGCUUACUACAAACUGUAUUAUAUUGAUAAGCAUGCAGUACAUACCAUGUACAGUUAGUGUGUAGUAUGGCAUUGGGACACAGCUUCAGACUCCCAAGGUGAUGCUGACUGUUAAUUAAGAUUCAGUCUACUGAAGAAAUAAUUCUUCUGCUCUCAUUGUUCUGUUAUUGUUCUGUCAAUAGUCUUGUCAAUACUUUUCCAGUAAUGUCAUGCUGAACACGAUCAGCAGAAUCUAAGACUCGGUUGGACCUGUUUCCUCUCACAUUCUUGUAGACUUGCACACUAAAGAAGCGCACACACACUGACUCAGUCGAUGGAGCCGGUGGAAUUGAACUGGUGGUUUUCUCCUGUCGCUAUUUUCAUUAUGUCCGGGAGCCACCUGGGACUCUGUUAUGUAACACACACUCCCCGUGUUUGGGUUAAUCAUUGAAACAUCAGUGGAUAUGUGGGCAAAUGUUUCUGUUUUUCAAGAAAGCUUUGGUAUUAAGAGGGGUACAUUGUAAUUUUUUAUUUCUGUUUUUUGAGACUGUAUGUUCUUAGCUCUAGCUGCACAGAUACACACACAGGAAAAAGCGAGACAGGUUUCAGAUUACCUCACUUUAUAUUCAGUUACUAGCACAAACUGACCAGUUCAACAUGUAACCUACAAUUUCAACAUGCCUGAAAUGUGUGGUAGCGUCAUGAAAGAAUUGAUGAAUGUAGAUUUUUGUAUACUUCUAAACAAUGCAGUGGUACUGUAGUCAUCCGUUUGAUAAACAGCCUGGUUUAUCUCGAACUGUACAUCUUUUUUUGUGGAUAUGAAGAUAAAGAAAGAGUGAGAUUCUUACCAGCUCAGUACAGAUGCAGAUGCUUAAGUCUCAGCCAGCCUAAUCUGGACCUUUUAAGCCUCUGCAUGUUACAUCAGCUCACAUGAUGAUGAGAUAGCACAAUACAUAAGACAACCUACAAGCACCCAACAGCGUCAAUACCUGCUGCUCUCCCCGUCUCUCUUGCUUGUCCUCUCCCUCUCACGCUUCAAAUUCAUGGCUCUUUCUUCUGUCACCUUGACUUCUUCUCACAUUUACACGCAAACAUAACAAACAUUGUCUCAAUCUGACCAAUUUGUUUGGUCGGCCAAGCAACAAGGUAAAGCAAAGCACACUCGUUUUCAGUGCCAGAUCGCUCAGUUCUGGCUGUACUGCCCUAAUGAAACGAGUUUGUCUGAAGGUGGAUUAAGGCCUUCUUUUUACAGACCACCCUUAAAAUGAUGUGGUUGAGCUAUAAGGUUCUCUCUCAGUUUUGUCAGUUUACAGUGUUUCAAAAACAACUCUCUCUUAGGAAUAAGUUGAAAUAACAGAGUUUUAAGAAAAAAGACUUGAGUGUACUCCAUAUAAUAAUAUUCAAUGCACUUGAAAGAAAAGAAGAUUGUUCUCCCUAAUUGCACCUGCAACAUUUCAUAAGACUUUAUUUUAUGUGUUCCAUAAUUUCCUAAUCAUUUUGAACAAGUUUCCUGGAAAGAACUUUAUAAUUUUCUACAAAUUUUUGGGAAAAUAGAAAUAUCCUUAAAAAGAAAACCUCCAUUUAAAUGUAUACAUUAUUCCUUCAGUCUCCUUAACUGUAAAUUUUAUUUUCUAUUUAUGUAAUGUAUGUAAUGUAUUAUCUGACAGAGGCAGUGCUCAUUCAUCAACAGAGUUAGCUUAAAAUGGACAAUUGAAUUGUAUUCCUGCUUGUAGACAAAUUUUACAAUUAAUUGGGAUUGAUUAAUGAACAAAUUAAACACAGUCUAAAUUGUACCUAUAACUAGUACUAAAUUAUAUAGUUCCUUCCAGGAAAUGUCUUAUUUUUUUAUUUAUUUCUAAAUAUUGGAAAAAUAUUCAUACAUUAUGGACCUGUAAAAUUCAGCAUUACCCAAAAUUAUUUUACUAUAGGUAGUUAAUAGAUUUUUAUUCUGUUUUUGUUUUGUUUUGUUUUUGUUCUUGUCACUUUUCUUCUCCUUGUGUAAACAUUCCUAUAUUGCACUUUAUCCCUCCAGUGAAUGAGGAGUGGCUUUUUUAUGUAGAGCUUUUAAGAAGAGGGCUACAGUAUUAAACAUGGCACAUGAGUCAGCUGUUGCUUUAUGUAUAAUGUUAUGAUCUUUUAUCUGUACUAUUAUGUUUGUGUGUUGGGGGGUGGGGAUGCCAAUAUAUUGUACACUAUACCCAGUUACCCAGCAGAAAUAACAGCAUUGCUAUUUUCAAAUAUAAAAACAACUGUAAGUAGGAUCCGUGAUGUCUCUGUCAUUUUCUUGUACCAUGAUGCACGUGUAGGAAUGUCUGUGAUUUUGACUUAUAAUAAAUUUGAAUCAGGUUUUUCCAACUUUGGUAAACCUGUUUUGUUUUAUAUUUACUCAAUAAAAAGUAUGUUUUUCUACAUAAGAACACUGGUAAUGAAAAUGUGGUAUACUGUAUGCAUUUUACUGAUUGCAUCUGUGAAAUACCAGAAUAAAGUCACUCAGUGUAGUCUGGGUAAAAGAAACAAUUCCCCCAUCAACUAUAUAGAGGUCUGGCAAUAUGCAUCAUACACACUGAUAUACAGGUCUGAGCUUUACUACUUUAUGAGCAAUUUGUUUUUUUUUUUUGUUUAUUUAACAGGGACCACACAGAUUGUAACAUACAUAAAGAUAAGCAAUGCAACAGAUAUAUAUAUAUAUAUAUGGUGUUUACCUGAAGUAAGUGUGCUCCUUGUGUGUGGUUAGGCUUUUAAAUCUAGAUCUACAACUGCCAAACAAAUGAGUGCAAGUACAUACUGUACAUUCUUUGUCAAUCAAAUCCAAUCAAAGGCUAUUCAGCGAUUACAUCUUUGUUGUUUAAGUCACUGUUUUAUUUAUGUAGUCAAUGUGUUCUUAAUUCUGGUUGUAAGGUAUUCUAGGUUUGCUAGCGUUUUACUGAUAACUGACAUUUUUAUGUGCCUUGGAACAUCUUUGACAAAAUGGCAAAAAGUGGUGUCUCAUGUCCCUUCAGAUUUCACGGGAGACUCCAGUUUGAACCUUUUUAAAACACACUGUCCCACGGUUUGGUCUUGGUAGUGCUAUAUAGGUGUGUUUUUGGUCUGCACUGGAUUCAAUCUUCACACAAUCUUGACAAAUGAUAAAUGUUUUUGAAAGCU